GCUGUGCACCUAAUUGUUGAUUUGCAACACACAGAAGAAUCAGAUGUUAGAGACGUCGUACAUAGAGAAAUUGAAUUCACCGAAUGAUAUUUUAUCUUUUAGCAGUUCUGAUAACAUGCUGGCCUUUCUAAGUCGACGGACAUAUUGACUUGCGAAAGCCCUGAUUUUCCCAAUCACAUCAGGGAUCAGAGCGAGGUCAGUUUACACACUUCGACAGGACACGUGGUUAAACUGCGCAGCAUGGCCAAGUCCAGCUCUCUUCAGAAAACAUUAAGUCAAGGGGUGACGCUGAGCUCAGCUAUGGCUGCUGACAGUAGUGAUGAAGAGGAUCUCUCUGUUAAUGAUCAAGCCAUCAGUGCCAGUGAAGAUGAUGAGGAGGGCAGUGAUGAUGAGAGGAAACACCAGAAGCUGCUGGAAGCCAUCAGCGCUAUGGGUGGACGAAAGAGGAAAAAGCAGAAGGAGCGCUCCGAAGCAAGUGUGCAGGUCUCCGAGUUCUUCGUCAAUGCAGAGGGUACAGGAGAGAAAGUCAACCUUUCUGACCUCCUGAAAACCAUAGAGAAGACCUCCGUAGCCUCCAACAAGACCAAGAAACAGCUGAAGAACCUGCAAGACAGUAAACAGACUUUAGAGCUGCCUCUCAACAAACAGCAAACAGAGAAGAUUCAGAGAAGCAUAGCGUAUGAGAAGACCACUAAAGAGGUGUCAACCUGGGAGAACAUCAUAGUGCAGAACCAGAAGGCCGAACAAAUGGUGUUUCCUCUGAACCAGGAGUCGUCCGCACCUAAACUGGUGGAGCAGGUUGUGGCUAGUUGGAAGGUUCAAACUCCUCUUGAACAAGAGAUUUUCGGGCUCUUGCACAAAAACAGUCAGCCAUCCAAUGACCCUGUCUUGACUCCUGUAGAGGAGGCAUCGCUUAAAGCCAUGAGCUUAGAGGAGGCUAAGAUUCGCCGCGCUGAGCUUCAAAAGGCGAGAGCGCUCCAGUCGUACUUUGAGGCCAAAGCCAGAAGAGAAAAGCAAAUCAAGAGUAAAAAGUACCACAAGGUUAAGAAGAAGGGCAAACUUAAGAAGUUUGUGAAGCAGUUUGACGAAAUGGUAAAGACGAAUCCUGAAGAAGCUCUGGAUGAGCUAAAAAAGAUGGAACUGGCCAGGAUGAAGGAGAGGAUGUCUCUGAAGCAUCAGAACAGUGGCAAGUGGGCAAAAUCAAAGGCCAUAAUGGCAAAAUAUGAUGAUUCGGCACGCAAAGCGAUGCAGGAGCAGUUACAGAUGAAUAAAGAUCUCACCCAGAAGGUUGUCGUCCCUUCUGAUGACGAACACGAAUCUAACGAGGAAGCGUCGGAGACGGUCCCUGAUUUUGCGAACGACCCCGAGCCGGUCCUUGACCCUGUCAAUCCCUGGAUGAGAGGCCAACUCACACGCGAAGAGCCCGAGGUCAGCCGUGUCACAACUGAGGAAGCGCAAACGGCAGAAGAGGUGAACGAGGAAGAGGAACUCCUUGGAGAAUUUGAGAGGAAGAGGAAGCUGCGGCAAGCUGACGAAGAGGACUUGAUGACCACAGAGGAAGAGAGUAAGAAAGAAGAACCUGCAAGCGAGGUGGUUGAAGACGAUGUGGUUGAGGUUUCUGACACAGAGGAGGAAGCUGAAGAAGAGGAGGAGGACGUUUCUGAGUUCAACACUCUUUUCAGGCUCAUGAGGAGUGAGAAGACAGUUGAGGGUCCAAAACACACGCCCGGGCAAGAAGUUGAAGAGGAACUUUUGAAUGAAGGAGAGAUUCAAGUCAGGAAUAUGGAGGACCUGGAGCUUUUAGGCGAGGAUGUCGAGCCCCAACCCACAGCGGAGGCGUCUCUGCCACAGACAGCUGCUGAGGAGGACACUUCUGAGCCACUUAAUAAAAAGAAACGGGAAAUCGACCUCCAAGAAGUGCUCACCAAAGAGGCCAAAGCCGUCAGAGUUCCCUUUUUGCCAACAGUAAUUGAAGAUGAAGAGCAAGGUGAGCAGAUCUCCCUCAUCAAGGAGGCGUUUGCUGGGGAUGAUGUCAUUUCUGAUUUCAUAAAGGACAAAAAGAAGCAGGAAGCUGAUGGGAUGCCCAAAGUGGUGGACCUGACGCUGCCAGGCUGGGGAGAGUGGGGCGGUGUUGGUCUCCAACCCUCCCAAAGGAAACGCAAAAGAUUUACUACAAAAAUGGCCCCGCCACCUCCACGGCAAGACAGGAAACUGCCGGAUGUCAUCAUAUCAGAAAAGGAAAGUGCAUCAGUUGCUUCCCAUCAGGUCAGCCACAUACCAUUCCCCUUUCAAAACACUGCACAGUUUGAGUCUUCCAUCCGUACACCUAUUGGGUCGACGUGGAACACACAAAGCGUUGUGAAGAAGAUGACAAAACCCAAAGUUCUCACUACAUUGGGUGCGAUCAUUGAGCCUAUGGCCAAGGACAUGAAAAAUAAUAAGAGCACGACACCAGCGGGUAAAGAACCAGCAAUCGUGUUGGAAGGAAACAAAACAGCAAAAGGGGACUCAGAAGGGUCAGAAAAGUCUCGAAGAAGAACAAAAUCAAAGAAGAAGAAAAACUAAAAUACUAGAUUUGAUUUGUGAGGUAAAGUGUUAUAAGAAGAAAAUCUCACUGUAAUUCUUUUCAUGUCCUCAGAAAUCAGUUUGUAUUUAACAGAAUACCUAUUAUGAGUGAUGAGUGGAAAAUAAAUUUGGUACA